AACUUAAUUCUUUGAAAUUUCCAUUCUUGUUGAGUGCAAUUUUCCUCAAUUGUAUUUAAGAUUUGAAUUUUUGCUGGAAUUCUGCAUUUUCCAAAUUGGCUGUGAUUUUAAAGGGUGCUGAUGAUAUUAGCUUCAUUCAACUUGAUCAUCGACAAAAGGAUGAAAAGGGGAAAGAUGUGCACAGCCUCGUCUAAUACGUGAUUUCUACUUCUCAGGCGAUAAUAGAAGUUUGUGUCUGAUGCCUUAAUAGAUACAAUUAACGACAGUCCCCAGAAUCUACAAUCCGUUUUUCCACAGCACGUGAACGCAGCACCAUUUCUUGUUGCGUUCGCGUUCAUAUCUCGGUGACCUCACGGCCCCCGUGAUUUCAAGGUCCGGCAGUGGUCUGACAUCACAAAGAGAAAGAGCGGGGCACCACAGCUGUGCCCUUUUAUAAAAAAUCUGUGUUUAAUUCUGAUCCAACAUGCGUUGGGGUUGGCCAAGGUGUGCUCGUUGAAGCCAGCAGAGGAAAAGCGGCGCCAGUGGGUGUCGCGCGUCGCCGCCUUGCUGCGUCCGUCUAUUGGAGUGUCCGUGGGAGCAGAGCUGGGACGCAUCAGUAAUGAGAGCUCAUCAACUCCGGCGGAGCACAGACAAACUCACACAGCGGCGGUGGGAAUCACGGCGGGACUUGACGCCGCGGCGGCUCGCGCGUUUCUUCCUCCCGCGCUGACAUUGAGUCUGUGGGGGGGCGGUUGGCGCAAUUUGAAGGAUCCAGCGCAACGAUUCAAGAUCGGAAUCCCUCGUCCCCGUUGAAUGAACCGUCGCUGUGGUCGCUCUGUCGACGGUGACGUAGAAGAAGACUGCGUUUGGUUUCCAUUGGAUGGGCUAAAAGUCCCCGAUUUAACCUUCACGGUGCUCCCCGCUCCCUGCGGUCCGACAGGCGGCCCCGUUGAUCGGAUUCGGAGCUGUCCGCGGUGCUGAAGGUCGGCCGCCGUUUCUUUCGGCUCGUUUUCCCCGGGAUCGGUGGACAGCCGUCCCCGCAUUCGAAGGGCUUAAACACAGCGAUCUCCCCGCAGCGCACCACGCCGCUCUUCCUCAUCCGCACCAUGGGUUAUGUGGGUAUGCAACCUGUGCCGAAAACAACAAGAAAUCCUCACCAAAUCGGGGGCGUGGUUCUUCGACCCGGGGCCUGGUCAGGUGCGGGGCGUGUUUGAGGGCGGACCGCAGGGGAAGAAGGCCAAACUGCAGGACCCGUCCUUGUACCCCUACCAGGGAGCCUCAGUGGACCUCACAGACAGAAGCAGACCUCACGGCGGGCUCCUGCCCAGACAGGCGUCCCUCGACAACGGAGCGGGGCUGAGGUACUCGGCGCCCGGCGACGCACCCAUAGACCGGAAACGAAGUCCAUCUGCAUCCAGGGAUCCAAACCAAAAAUACGACCAAAGGGAGGGGGUUGACCACUCGCAGUAUGCCCCGACGGACGGCGGCAUGCCCAGAUCACCGUCUGACUAUGGGGAUGGAGACCAUCGGCGGGCUCCGCGGGGCCCACACAUGUACCCAGACGCGGAUGCGGCGCGGAUGGGCUAUCGGGGCCCCGGACGCUGGCACUCCCAGGAGUACCCGCUGGACCAGGAGCUAGAUGGACCACCGAGCGAGUACAACCUGCAGCGGCAGCGCCAGGAGGAGUUCCAGACGCGCUACCGCAGCGACCCGAACCUGGCUCGCUACCCCGUGAAGCCGCAGCCCUACGAGGAGCAGAUGAGGAUGCACGCCGAGGUGGGCCGCGUGAGGCACGAGAGGCGCCAUAGCGACGUCUCACUGGCCUACACGGAGCAGGAUGACCCAGGCCCCGUCCGGCUGUCCCGUCAGCAUCUCACCGAGCGCCGGCCGCCUAUGGUGGGACAGCGCUCGUACUCCGUCGACCGCUCCUCACCAGGACCCAUGGGCCCCGGCCUCGGAGGCCACAGGACCUCCAACCACAGCCCCCCGACGCCACACCGGAGCCCCGUGCUGGGCGACCGAUCCGGGGACCUGCGGAGAGGCGACUUGGGGGGCGAUUCCAUGAGGAGGCAGCAGCACCACUUAGACCCCAGUUCGGCCGUGCGCAAGACAAAGAGGGAGAAGAUGGAGAGCAUGUUGAGGAACGACUCCCUCAGCUCGGACCAGUCCGAGUCGGUGCGCCCGCCACCCCCCAAGCCCCACAAAACUAAAAAGGGAGGGAAGAUGCGGCAGGUGUCGCUGAGCAGCUCGGAGGAGGAGCUGGCCACCACACCAGAGUACACCAGCUGUGAGGACGUGGAGAUAGAGAGUGAGUCAGUCAGUGAGAAAGGGGACAGUCAAAGGGGAAAAAGAAAAACUAUUGAGCAGACAUAUAUGUCCGAGCCGACACACACCUUAUCUGAGAGGCAAAAGAAAAUGGUGCGCUUUGGGGGACACUCAUUUGAAGAGGACUUGGCAUGGUGCGAACCGCAGGUUAAAGACUCGGGAGUUGAUACGUGCAGUAGCACUACCCUAAACGAGGAGCAUAGCCAUAGUGAGAAGCACCCGGUGACGUGGCAGCCGUCCAAAGACGGGGAUCGCCUCAUCGGGCGGAUUCUCCUCAACAAGCGCAUGAAGGACGGAAGCGUGCCCCGAGACUCAGGAGCUCUGCUCGGCCUCAAGGUGGUGGGAGGCAAGAUGACGGAAUCUGGUAGACUUUGUGCUUUUAUCACUAAAGUGAGGAAAGGAAGUCUAGCAGACACUGUUGGACACCUCAGACCAGGUGACCAGGUACUGGAGUGGAAUGGGAAGCUUUUACAAGGAGCCACAUUUAAAGAAGUUUACAAUAUCAUUCUAGAAUCCAAGCCUGAGCCGCAGGUGGAGCUGGUGGUCUCACGGCCCAUAGGAGAUAUUCCGAGGAUACCAGACAGCACACAUGCACAACUGGAAUCAAGUUCGAGUUCUUUUGAGUCUCAGAAGAUGGAUCGCCCGUCCAUCUCCGUCACGUCGCCCAUGAGUCCCAGCAUGCUGAGGGACGCUCCCCAGUACCUGUCAGGACAGCUCUCAAGCCAAAGCCUUAGUAGAAGAACAACGCCUUUUUCCCCUAGGGUCCAGGUCAAACUGUGGUAUGACAAAGUGGGCCAUCAGCUAAUUGUCACCAUCCUGGGCGCCAAAGACCUGCCAGCCAGGGAAGACGGCAGGCCCAGGAACCCUUACGUCAAAAUCUACUUCCUCCCUGAUAGAAGUUUGAAUUAUUGUUCCUCCAGCGACAAAAGCAAGAGGAGAACAAAAACGGUAAAGAAAUCCUUAGAGCCCAAAUGGAACCAGACCUUUAUGUAUUCGCCGGUGCACCGGCGGGAGUUUCGGGAGCGAAUGCUGGAGAUCACAUUGUGGGACCAGGCCAGGGUGAGGGAAGAGGAGAGCGAGUUCCUGGGAGAGAUCCUCAUUGAGCUUGAGACGGCUCUCCUGGACGACGAGCCGCACUGGUACAAGCUACAGACCCACGAUGUGUCCUCCAUCCCCCUCCCACGUGCCUCCCCCAACACACAGCGCAGGCAGCUCCACGGAGAGAGUCCCACGCGGCGGCUCCAGAGAUCCCAGAGGAUAAGUGACAGCGAGAUCUCCGACUACGAUUGUGAAGAUGGUGUAGGGGUAAUAACAGACUACCGGACAAAUGGCAGAGACUUCCAGAGCUCCACGCUGUCCGUCCCCGAGCAGGUGAUGUCGUCUAACCACUGCUCUCGCUCCGCCGAUAUUAACCGGGCACGGUCGCGCUCACCCAGCGUCCCCCCACCCUCAAGCCGCAACCAUCGCAUGUACCCAAUCUGCCGAGAGGAAGCAGUCAGGUUACUGCGUUCCACUAGGAUGUCCCGCGCCUAUUCUGAGGGCGCCUACUCCUCCGACUAUGACUACGAGAGGAACCACGGAGCCAUGGAUAGACACGAGUAUCACAGCAGGUCCCGCUCUGCAGACCAGCGGCCCUCUAUAGAGCGCCCCACGUCCCGCUCGCGCUCCACUGAACGCCCCCACGACUCUUCGCUCAUGAGGUCCAUGCCGUCUCUGCCAUCUGGGAGGUCCGCCCCCCCCUCACCUGCCUUGACGAGGGCGCAUCCUCGUAGUGGAUCGGUCCAGACCAGUCCCACCAGUACACCAGCGUCCAAUAGACGAGGACGGCAACUCCCACAGCUUCCACCCACGGGAAAAGACAGAAAAGACACGGACUCACCAGGUUGGACGAACGCAGGUAUGGACAUGGAGGAGAGGACCAGGCAGAUGAAGCUGAAGAUGAACAAGUACAAGCAGGGAGCGGGCUCCGACCCCAGACUGGAGCAGGACUACCACAAGCGCCCGGGAAGAGAUCCACGGGCCUCGGAUAACCUGUCGGCCAAGUCGUCGGACAGCGAUGUAAGCGACGUGUCCGCUGUGUCGAGAACCAGCAGUGCCUCUCGGUUCAGCAGCACGAGCUACAUGUCUGUCCAAUCAGAGAGGCCGCAAGGAAACCGCAAAAUCCGUGACUUUGCAUCCAAAAUGAAAAACAGGCAGAUGGGCUCGUCGGGCGGCGUGAACAUGACCAAGAGCACAAGCGUCAGCGGCGACAUGUGCAACCUGGAGAAGACGGACGGCAGCCAGUCGGACACGGCGGUCGGCACGGUAGGCACCGACGACAAGAAGAGGCGCUCCAGCAUUGGUGCCAAAAUGCAGGCCAUGGUCGGCAUGUCGCGCAAGAGCCGGAGCACCUCUCAGCUCAGCCAAACAGAAGCGGGAGGUAAGAAGUUGCGCAGCACGAUCCAGAGGAGCACGGAGACGGGGCUGGCGGUGGAGAUGAGGAGCAGGAUGACUCGGCAGGCCAGCCGGGAGUCCACGGACGGCAGCAUGAACAGCUACAGCUCCGAGGGAAAUCUCAUCUUCCCUGGGGUCAGGCUCUCCUCAGAAGCCCAGUUCAGUGACUUCCUGGAUGGUCUCGGUCCCGCUCAGCUAGUGGGGCGACAGACGCUGGCUACUCCGCCUAUGGGUGACAUCCAGAUUGGUAUGGUGGACAAGAAAGGAGCACUGGAGGUGGAGAUCAUCCGAGCCCGUGGCCUUGUGGGAAAACCAGGUUCCAAGGCACUGCCAGCACCAUAUGUAAAGGUCUACCUUUUGGAGAACGGAGUCUGCAUAGCCAAAAAGAAAACAAAAGUAGCAAGAAAAACCUUGGACCCCCUUUACCAGCAGCAACUGCCGUUCGAGGAGAGUCCAGGAGGGAAGGUUUUACAGGUCAUCGUUUGGGGUGACUAUGGACGCAUGGACCAUAAAUCCUUCAUGGGUGCAGUUCAGAUACUGUUAGAUGAGUUGGACCUGUCCAACAUGGUGAUUGGCUGGUUUAAGCUCUUUCCUCCUUCCUCACUGGUGGACCCUACUCUGGCCCCACUGACAAGAAGAGCUUCCCAAUCGUCACUGGACAGUUUCUCUCGAUCAUAGCAGCGUGUGGACUGAUAGCGUUGUUGUAGCAGCCAGUGUUGCGACUACGGGUCACGCCCCCCGGUUACACUGCAUGCUUGAUGUUGUGUCUUCUGAGCCUGUUUCUAGGGGUGCGAAAGGUGAUCCUGUGUUUUGAGCAAAAAACGUUGCGCACAUUGUGCACGUGGCGAAGGGUGUCGCGAGCGCCUGGCGGCCCGGGGUAGCCGGGCGUUGUUGUUUGGAGGAAGCUGGAAUGAUCUCCUUAGCACGAGGAACCCAUCAGUUCCAGGUUUUCAUCCAAUUCGAAGCCAUGGGGUUCAGUACUGGGAACCGCUAAACGAGUUCUACGGAAGCCCUUUUUGAAUGAAAAAUUUCUUUUUUCUUUGCUUUUUGUCCUUUUUCUGUUUUGUUUUUUUCUUCUGCUUUUUGUUCUUGUAUCUCAAGGGGGGUGACAGUGUUUCCAACCAGAUGCUUGGUCACGCCACGCCAACCGACCUCGCUAGGUUGAUGGAGUUUUGGAGAGCAUCCCUUUGGGUGAGAUAUGUCCCAGCUUGUAUCCAACGCCCCCCACAGCCCAAAAGAAAUACCCGGCAUACUCUAGGUUUAUGUACUGAAUCAAACCGUACUGGUGAAUCACCAGAAAGUUAAUUAAUAUUCAAGUGGCGACCAUCAACACUCCAGAAUAUGCAGUAACGAUCCAAACCCCAUUAAAAGAUGUAAAAUCUACCAUCAUUCUUUCUCUGUUGAUAUAUUGUAUGAAAAUUAAAUGAGAAAAAAUAUUUUUGUUCCCUUUUUAGUUCCUUUGCAUGGACACAAAUUUAGCUGAAUUUAAAAAAAAAUCAAAGAAAAUUAUUUUCUUGAGGCUGCAAAUUGCAUAGAAGAUGAAAAAUAAAACAGAUCAGCCAUUUUCAACAAUUUAUAUUAUUUUUAAAGAUAAAUUUCACUAGUGCAUGGUUUUCAAGGGGAGUGAAUGCAACAUUGUGAAUUAAAAAAAAAGAAGACAUUGUUUAUCAUUCUUUAGGCCAUUCAUGAGUCUGUGUUUUGCAGACAUGCAGAUAAGGGAAACUUAAAGGAAACUUUGGAGCUAUAUAACAGAUGUUUAUGUGACAAAAAGUGAUAAUGAAAAUAAAUGUAAGUUAUUUAUUUCAUAGUAAAAGGCUAAUGCCUUAUAAAGAUAAACAUUAUGUGCAAAUUGUACAUGUUUCUCUUUUUCUUCCUUGUCCCAGGGUACUUCUUAUUGUACUAUCCAUCGCUACCAUUGUUCAGUCCCCUGAUAUUGUCCAGAUUUUAGGACUGUUGGUUAUUUUACAGUUCUGUAUUGUUUCAGUAUGUAUUUUAUUUUGGAUUUGAUUUGUUUAACAAGCAUGUUGAAAAGGAUUUUCUGCAACAUGGCUUGGGCACACCUUACAGUAACUCAGCAUGUUUUGAUAAAGAUGAUAUUUGGAAUUUUUGCAGUUUCUUGUACAGUGCAUGUCAACUUCAUUACUUUUGUCCCUCACCUUGAAUUGAACUCUACAAAAAAUUAGUUCAUGGUCUUCCGUGGCCAAUUAUUGGAGUUUUAACAAAACAUUCCACCCCUAAGGUCAUAUUUUCUUUCAGGUUUUUGAGAAAAAAAAGUGACAAGGAAAAUAUUUUAUAUUCAAUGGAGGUUGACGAAACAGUUUUGAUUGCAAGUGUAAUUUGUUUCAGUAUUGUUGACGAACAUGCAAAAAUAAUCUCUAUUGGUACAGCAAGAGGUUUACACCUAAUCAAGAGGCAGCAAACGUGCAAGAGAUGUUGCUUUGGUGGUUUUACAGGCACUGUUUGUGAAAAUGAGCGGAUCACAAGUUCAAAUGACAAGGGAUAUUGCCACAGAAAAUGUUUUUGUUUGAAUGAAAAUUAAAUUAAUUUAUUUUUGUUAGUUUUAUUUAAAAGCCAAGACCAGUUUAUUUUUUAUUUUCUAUUUUUAGUAAUUAUGAAGUACUUCUCAUGUCUGGGAAGUACACACAUCUUAUAGUUGCAGUAUGUCUGAAUGAAAUUGAACUGAGGCAUUGUUCCUUUUCCAUUUGACGAUAGUGCGUUUUAUUGCUGAAGAAAACCUUGUCACAAGCUGUCACACGCUAUAAUAUAUAUUUUCAUUUUCGUUGUACAUAAUUUACCUGUCAGAAUUUGAAUAAACAAGCUACCAUGAAGAUCGAUAGACUCGUUUGGAACAGGAAAAAUGCCUCACAUGAUGACAAAGACAUAUGUUAUUUAUCCUUUUGAAUGCCUUUUCAUUUUCUCUUUUUGGUGCAAUGUGUUAAUGCCAAGGCUAUGUCUUGGUUAAGUAUGGUUGAGUACAGAGAUUUAUGUAAGUUAUUUUUCAAAUAAAAAAUAAAAAAAUUGAUAUUACACUGA